GUUGCCCCGGUGAGGGAAACGGAGGCGCCAUAGCCACGGUAGUCGUGGCGACCAAGCAACCCGGCAACGCGAGUCAACAACAACAACCGACCGGCCGACCCCCACUCCCAACCCCCCGGCCCGGCCCGGGGGCCCCGGCACGUUCUGUCCCCCUCCCAACAUCGCCUCCGAGACCAGUGGAAAGCCCUUCCGUGGACAGAAGUAGGGAGAAGCCGAGCAAGAAAAAGAAAAAAAAAAAAAAAAAGAAAAGCCUUAUUUAUUAUCAUUUUCCCCACUGUUGGCAUGGCAACACAGGCAUACGUUACUGAGCUACAGGCAGCCCCGCAACCAUCCCAGCCGCCACAGGCCCCUCCACAGGCCCAGCCCCAGCCACCGCCACCACCCCCCUCAGCAGCACCCCAGCCCCCCCAGCCCCCUGCCGCCACCGCCACCCCCCAGCCCCAGUAUGUCACCGAGCUGCAGAGUCCGCAGCCUCAGGCACAGCCACCGGGCGGCCAGAAGCAGUACGUGACAGAGCUCCCGGCCACCCCCACGCCCUCGCAGCCAGCCGGCACACCCGCCCCAUCCCCGGCGUCCCAGCAGUACAUCGUGGUCACCGUCUCCGAAGGUGCCAUGCGGGCCAGCGAGACUGUGUCAGAGGCCAGCCCGGGCUCCACGGCCAGCCAGACCGGAGUCCCCACUCAGGUGGUGCAGCAGGUGCAGGGCACCCAGCAGCGGCUGCUGGUCCAGACAAGUGUGCAGGCCAAGCCAGGCCACGUGUCACCCCUCCAGCUCACCAACAUCCCGGUGCCCCAGCAGGCUCUCCCCACACAGCGUCUGGUGGUGCAGAGCACAGUCCCGGGCGGCAAGAGUGGCCAGGUCUCCCUGACGGUGCAUGGCACGCAGCAGGUGCACUCACCUCCUGAGCGGUCGCCAGUGCAGGCCAAUAGCUCCUCCAGCAAGACGGCUGGGGCCCCCACGGGCACGGUGUCUCAGCAGCUGCAAGUCCACGGCGUCCAGCAGAGUGUCCCCGUCACCCAAGAGAGGUCCGUGGUCCAGGCCACUCCACAAGUGCCCAAAGCUGGCCCCGUGCAGCAGCUCACAGUGCAAGGGCUCCAGCCGGUCCACGUGGCUCAAGAGGUGCAGCAGCUCCAGCAGGUGCCAGUCCCACAUGUGUACUCCAGCCAAGUGCAGUAUGUGGAGGGCAGCGAUGCCAGCUACACGGCCAGCGCCAUCCGCUCCAGCACCUACCCCUACCCUGAGACGCCACUGUACACGCAGACGGCGGGCACCAGCUACUAUGAGGCCGCGGGCACGGCUGCCCAGGUCAGCACACCUGCCACCUCCCAGGCGGUGGCCAGCAGUGGCUCUGUGCCCAUGUACGUGUCCGGCAGCCAGGUGGUCGCCAGCUCCACCAGCAGCGGGAGUGGGGCCAGCAACAGCAGCAGCGGCGGCAGUGGCGGCGGGGGAGGCGGUGGCGGUGGCGGUGGCGGCGGCAGCAGCAGUGGCAGCGGAGCAGGCACCUACGUGAUCCAAGGCGGCUACAUGCUGGGCAGUGCCAGCCAGUCCUACUCCCACACCACCCGUGCCUCACCAGCCACUGUGCAGUGGCUCCUGGACAACUAUGAGACGGCCGAGGGCGUGAGCCUGCCUCGGAGCACCCUCUACUGCCACUACCUGCUGCACUGCCAGGAGCAGAAGCUGGAGCCCGUCAAUGCCGCCUCCUUUGGCAAGCUCAUCCGCUCUGUCUUCAUGGGCCUGCGCACCCGACGUCUCGGCACCAGGGGCAACUCCAAGUACCACUACUAUGGCCUGCGCAUCAAGGCCAGCUCACCCCUGCUGCGGCUGAUGGAGGACCAGCAGCACAUGGCCAUGCGGGGCCAACCCUUCUCGCAAAAACAGAGGCUCAAACCCAUCCAGAAGAUGGAGGGCAUGACCAACGGUGUGGCCGUGGGGCCACAGCAGGCCACUGGGCUGUCGGACAUCAGCGCCCAGGUCCAGCAGUACCAGCAGUUUCUGGAUGCCUCGAGGAGCCUCCCUGACUUCUCAGAGCUCGACCUCCAGGGCAAAGUGCUGCCUGAAGGCAUCGGGCCUGGGGACAUCAAGGCCUUCCAGGUCCUGUACCGGGAACACUGUGAGGCCAUCGUCGAUGUCAUGGUGAACCUGCAGUUCACCCUGGUGGAGACGCUGUGGAAAACCUUCUGGAGGUACAACCUGAGCCAGCCCAGCGAGGCACCGCCGCUGGCUGUGCACGAUGAGGCCGAGAAGCGGCUGCCCAAGGCCAGCCUGGUGCUCCUCUCCAAGUUCGAGCCCGUGCUCCAGUGGACCAAGCACUGUGACAAUGUGCUGUACCAGGGCCUGGUGGAGAUCCUCAUCCCCGAUGUGCUGCGGCCCAUCCCCAGUGCCUUGACCCAAGCGAUCCGGAACUUUGCCAAGAGCCUGGAGAGCUGGCUCACGCACGCCAUGGUGAACAUACCCGAGGAGAUGCUGCGCGUGAAGGGGAAAGAAACAGGCUCAGAGAGGUCGCAUUGGGUGGGGCAGGGGACUGCGCGGGGUGGGUUCCGCGGAAGCCACAAGCCCUGGGCCCCGCAGGUGGCAGCGGCCGGCGCCUUCGCGCAGACCCUGCGGCGCUACACGUCGCUCAACCACCUGGCGCAGGCGGCGCGCGCUGUGCUGCAGAACACGGCGCAGAUCAACCAGAUGCUGAGCGAUCUCAACCGCGUGGACUUCGCCAAUGUGCAGGAGCAGGCCUCGUGGGUAUGCCGCUGCGAGGACCGCGUGGUGCAGCGGCUGGAGCAGGACUUCAAAGUGACUCUGCAGCAGCAGAACUCACUGGAGCAGUGGGCAGCCUGGCUGGACGGCGUCGUGAGCCAAGUGCUUAAGCCCUACCAGGGCAGCGCCGGCUUUCCCAAGGCCGCUAAGCUCUUCCUCCUCAAGUGGUCCUUCUACAGCUCCAUGGUGAUCCGGGACCUGACUCUGCGCAGCGCCGCCAGCUUCGGCUCCUUCCAUCUCAUACGGCUGCUCUACGAUGAGUACAUGUACUACCUGAUCGAGCAUCGCGUGGCCCAGGCCAAGGGCGAGACCCCCAUUGCCGUCAUGGGCGAGUUCGCCAACCUGGCCACCACGCUGAACCCCCUGGACCCGGACAAAGACGAGGAGGAGGAAGAGGAGGAGGAAAGCGAGGACGAGCUGCCGCAGGACAUCUCGCUCGCGGCUGGUGGCGAGUCGCCCGCGCUGGGCCCUGAGGCUCUGGAGCCACCGGCCAAGCUGUCGCGGACAGACGCACGCGGCCUCUUCGUGCAGGCGCUGCCCUCCAGCUAAGCCCGUGGCCCCCACCCCCACCCUGCCGCCCUGCCCGCCCUACCCUGCUGCCCCUCCUCGCCAGGGUCCCUCACAGCUUCUGUGGCUUCGCUGUCACCGCUCCAGCCUCGGCCGGGGCCGGGCCGGGGCCGGGCUGGGGCCUCCGAGACAGGGAAGGUAAGGGGGUCCCUGCCCCGGAUGGGGCAGACACAAUCACAGGGCCGGGCGGAGCCGCAGCUGCAAACUCUGACACAAAAGACGUGCCUUAAGGAACCCGCCGACGUGCCCAGGUGCCCCCUGGGGCAGCCAGCUUGGCCCCUUGGCCCCAAAGGCCGCAGCAUCUCCCUCCCCCAGCCCCACCCCCACCCCCCAGGGGGCAGGCAGGCAGGCCCCCUCCCUUGCGGAACUGUUAACUUAUUCAGCUCGCUGGCUUUGCACAGCCUGUCCUAGGCCCAGCCCUGAGCCCCGGGUGGGCGCAGGUGGGCAUCACCUGGGGACCCGCCACUGUCAGCAGCAGCCCCGGGAUCCCUCCCCCAGCAGCCCCACCUCCUCCCACUCCUUGGUAUAAGUGCAAUUAAAGCUGUGGGUGUCGCAUCUUCUCCAGAGCUGGGCCCUCCCUUGCCCCGCAGCCCUAGAGGGGGACACUGCCCGGCCUGGAUAGGGGGAGGGCAGAAGGGGCACCGCCUCCAGCUUCCAAAGAGCAGCAGGCUGGACCGGGCGCCAAGCCCGGAGGGACCUGCUGCAGGCAGCGGGCCCGGAAGUGCCCAUGCCUGCCCCAGCCAGGGCUGGGUGCUCCGCUCGCUCAGAUCCGGGACCCUGAGUCCUGGGCCCUCCUCGCCGCUGGUUUGUAAUGGAAUCUCUAUGCUCCUACUCUCCCUGGAGACCGUGCUUCUCCUCCAUGCGUGCGAUCCCCGCCCUCCACAUGACUAUUGUGCGAUUUGUGAGCGCCGCCUGAGCGGAGUCGGUAACUUGUUGGGUUUUUUUCCAACCAUCAUGGCCUUAUCUGUUCCGGUUUUCUCAGUGUUUUCAACCUGUGAGAUAGAUGUUUAUGGCAAAAAGCGAAAAAAAGAAAAAACAAACGACAAACCUGAUCUAUUGUAUAAAAAUCACUAUUUUGUGUGCUCCGUGUGCUACAGCUUUUGGGGUGGCUUGCCGACUCCCCCUCCUUACCCCUCGGGGCCUCCCUUCUCCUGGUGGUGAAAGUGUCCACGCGUGUGGUAGUCUAGUGUGCCGAGCUGUUUUCUACCUUUUUGUAGUCUUUCUUAAAACACAAUAAAUUCCGCUGUGAUA